AAUGAUUUCUCUCAAAUUUGUUCCUUCUCUUUUGGAAAGAAAUGUCAAGGGAAGCUACAUGUAGGUUUGGUAUACAACACAAUAUUAUAUAUAUAUAUAUAUAUAUAUAUAUUUUAAUAGAUCUGAAAAAGCCUGGUUGGUUUGUUGGCGGUAGUACAUGUAUGGCGUCUUGGAGAUGAACGAUCGGAGGACGUUGGUGGUGGCGAAACUUGAGCGAAAUCGACAGUCUGCUAUAAACCUCUGACGACGUGGCUACACUCUGCUAUAUCAAUCGCUAUGGGAGGUGAGAACCAAACAGAUACUGUCGAUGAGAACCAAACAUACACUGUCGAUGAAGCAAUUCUGGCUGUGGGUUUUGGAAAUUUCCAAGUUCUUGUCCUAUUAUAUGCUGGGAUGGGUUGGGUCUCAGAAGCUAUGGAAAUGAUGCUUCUCUCUUUUGUAGGACCAGCAGUUCAGUCUACAUGGGGUCUUUCAUCUCAUGAAGAGAGCCUAAUCACUAGUGUGGUUUUUGCUGGUAUGCUGGUUGGUGCAUAUUCAUGGGGCUUUGUUUCAGAUAAAUAUGGACGAAGGAAAGGAUUCCUCAUUACAGCAAUGGUUACUGCUGGAGCUGGUUUUCUGAGUGCUUUUGCCCCAAAUUUCAUUUCAUUGAUAAUUUUCCGGUGUUUGGUUGGUAUCGGUUUGGGAGGUGGGCCUGUACUUCUCAUCCUUUUAGAGUUCAUUCCUGCUCCAAACCGAGGCACUUGGAUGGUUGUUUUUUCAGCUUUCUGGACUCUUGGAACAAUUUUGGAGGCUUCGCUUGCAUGGUUUGUCAUGCCAACCUUGGGUUGGAGGUGGUUACUUGUCCUCUCUGCUCUUCCUUCAUCAUUACUUCUUUUGUUCUAUGGCAUGACCCCUGAAUCACCAAGGUAUUUAUGCAUGAAAGGAAGAACAAAUGAUGCACUAAAUAUCUUGGAGAAAGCAGCAAGAAUGAAUCGAACAAAGCUCCCUUCAGGCAUUCUUAUUUCUGAUCACCAAAUUGAGCUAGAUGAAAAGUGUACUGCUUCAGAAGAUACACACUUGCUCCCAACAGCAAAAAAGGAAGAUGUAUCUCCCAAUGAUAUGGAGUCCAAUAAGGGAGGUGCUUCAUCACUGUUUAUGCUUCUUUCACCAAAAUUACUUCGGUCAACCCUGCUCUUAUGGGUGGUAUUUUUUGGGAAUGCAUUCUCGUAUUAUGGCCUCGUUCUGCUUACCACGGAGUUGAAUAAUGGGCAUAAUAAAUGUACACCGACUGAGUUGCAAUCAAAGGAGUCCCAUGAUGUUAGCUACAGAGAUGUUUUCAUCACAAGUUUUGCCGAGUUCCCUGGGCUCCUCAUAUCAGCUGCCAUAGUUGAUAAACUUGGUCGUAAGCUCUCGAUGUCAGCUAUGUUCUUCUUGUGUUGCCUUUUCCUCCUUCCAUUGGUGUUUCAUCAGGCUCCGGGGUUGACAACUGGUCUUCUGUUUGGAGCUCGCAUAUGCAUUACAUCAACCUUCACAAUUGUCUAUAUAUAUGCUCCAGAGAUAUAUCCAACAUCAGUGAGAGCAACUGGAGUUGGAGUUGCAAGCUCCGUUGGAAGAAUUGGUGGAAUGGUAUGUCCUCUGGUCGCAGUUAGUUUGGUACAUGGAUGUCACCAAACUACAGCUGUUGUUCUAUUUGAGCUCGUGAUCUUUCUUUCUGGGAUUUCUGUACUUUUUUUCCCAUUUGAAACGAAGGGCCGUGAAUUGAGUGAUAGUAUGUCUGAUUGUUCGUAACAAGUUAGCACCAUUAGCAUAAAUUAAUUAACCAGUGAUUUAUUUAUAUUGCUUCUUGUUGUACCUUUUCCAAACUAUACUCAUGGAACCAUAGAGCAGCCUCGGCAAAAGGCAGGCUAUUUAUUUACUUGUGACUUGUUGCAUUCAUUUGAUAUGAUGCCUAUGUAAAAGGAUGUACAAGCAACGAACGAUUGCUCACAUGUGAAUUUUUACAAUAUAUAGAAAGAUUAUACUUGAUGGAAAUUGAAAAUGAUA